UCCACCUCCGCCGCGGGCGACGGCGGCGGCCGCGAGCCGCUUUCGCCCUCCCUGCAGCUAUGCCGGCACCCAGGCUGGCCGGCCUGGCCGCCGCUCCACCACUCCGACCGACCUGCUCCACCUCGCCAACCUGCUCCAGCUCCAGCGCUCCAGCUCCGCCUCCACCAACCUGAGGGCUCUCUCUGCUCCUUGCGGCUUUGCCCUCGCUACAGCCCCGUCCAGCGCGCCUCGGCAUGCAGAAUCGCGCACGAGCGGCCGCUAACGAUCGCUACCCGUCGGGCCUGAUGCCGCCCGACGAGCUUGGGAAGAAGCGUGGAAGGUACGUUCUCGGUGAGGCAGGGAGCCCGCCGACGUCUCGCGCACUCUGCUUCGCGGCGGAGGUUGAGAGCCCGGCCUCGAAGAGGGCCCGAACGCGAUUCCCGCUGAGCGAUGACCCCCGUGUCGAACACCACCGCUACCAAGAGAUGCCGGCGCCGCCCGUGCCGAACGGUUUUCUUGCGAACGUCGCCGUCGAGGCGCCAACGGGCCCGGCAGUCGACAACGCCGUCUUCAACCCCCACGGCGGUACCGCGAUGCUCUCGGUCGAGGUGUCCGUGAGCAACGGCGGGAGCGACGACGACGUGUCGUCGCUCGCGCUCGCCGCAAGUGCUCGCCGCGGAGAGAUGACCCUCCUCCGCGAGGCGGCUCCGCAAAUGCCGCCGCCAGCAGCCGCCGAGCCGUCCGUCGCCAACCUAGCCAAGCAGGCCGGACCGGCCGAGCCAGAGGCUCUCGGAGAGAGCCAGCCCCCCCCGCGCACGCCCCCAUGCGUGCCGGUGCGGAUGGAGCCACGGGGCUCUGUGCUCAUCCACCGCGACGGCCUGCCCGGGGGUGUGAUGCGCGGCGGCUACGACCGCCCCCCGCGCCACGGAAGCGACCGCUGGACCUUCAACGACCGCGAGGGCCAGCCCGGCCGCGGCUACGGAGGCGAGUGGCGCGGCCCUCCUCCGCGCCGCGGCGUUGGAGACCGCGGCCCGCCGCCACCGCGUGGCGGCUUUGGUGGCGGUCACGAGCCGCCAAGGCGCGGCAGAUUCGACGACGGCCGCGGCCCGCCACGCUACAGCUUCGUGGACGGACCGCUGCGCCGCGGCUACGACGAGCGCGCCCCGCCUCGGCCGCCGUCGCCGCAGCGGCGCUACGGCCCUCCGACUUGGGCGCCGAGUCCCUACCGUUUC